AUGCUCCAGCCAUGCAAGGACAAUAUCAAAGAGGGAUUGGUUGCCAACAUUGAUGAAGCUGUGCCAGAUGUUGCGGUACAGAAUGAAGGAUCGCUCUCUCUGAUCACAUCGGAGAAUUUUCCGGUGUUCAGACAGGACGGACUCAGUGCAAGUCUUGCAAAAUUGGAUGCUAAUGCCAUGUUGGCUCCAUGUACACAACAG